UUUAUAUCAAAAGGGAUCACAGUGUGAAAGGGCAAAGAAAAAAAUAAAGAAAAAAGGAAGAGAAAACCUAAAGUGUAAUAGAGGAAGCUAAGCUAAGAAAAAAAAAAAAAAAAAAAAAUAGAAUGAAAAGUUAAAUCAAUUGGAAGAAAAAACAGACAGUAAGCGAAAAGUGUUUCUGAGGAUUUUCUGAGCAAAUCAUUGAUAUUGCGAACCUAAAAAAGUUUUGCUAAUCAAAAUAUAACGCCCCUUCAAAUAAAUUUCAUGUUUCCUGUUUAAACAAACAAAAAAAAAAAAAAACAAAUUUAUAAACAUUAAAAUUUCUUUGACAAAGGCUCGCUCGAGCAACGGUCAACGAGGGGUGAGGUCAUCUGUUUCGAUUUUCUUAUUUCAUCAAUCUAUUACCCAUUAGGUUGUGACGGCAAAUUGUGAAAUAAAAACAGAAUAGAAAAAAAAAAAAAAUAAAGCUCAAUAGAAAUAUUACUCACCCAUUAUUGUUAAGGUGACAAAAUCAAAAAAAAAAAAAAAAAAUUUCAUUUAGAAAAACAGUUUCUCGGUUAAGAAGUUUUUAUUUUGGUUUUCGGCAAAAUCUAAACCUAAAAAGUUCAAAUAAAAAAUUUAUCCCGGUACUACGUUGCUUAGUGGCUAUAAAAAGAUAAUAUUAAACCAACCAACCCUAAGUGCAUAUUCCAAGUGCUGUAAGAGAAGAGUGCGUUUUUAAGUCAAAUUAAUCUUGAUUCACUUAAAUAUCACGUAAAUAAGAAUAAUGGGUCUUUUAAGUGAAGGCAGCCCUUUGUCUUGGGAGGAAACAAAAGGUUUAGCCGAACACGUACGGGAGCAUGGUGUUCAGCAGUUCAUAAAUCUUUAUCAUAGAUUAAAGGAUCGUCAAGGCGAUGUACUCAAAUGGGGCGAUGAAGUUGAGUAUAUCAUCGUAAAAUUUGACGAUCAGCAAAAGGUGGCUCGGGUCUCUUUAAAAGCAAGAGAGCUGUUGGCCAAACUUAAUGAAAAGGAGCAUGCCGAUCCGACGGGUGUAAAGUCAUUAUGGCGUCCCGAAUAUGGCGCCUACAUGAUUGAGGGAACACCAGGCAAACCGUUUGGCGGUUUAUUAGCUCACUUUAACGUGGUCGAGGCUAAUAUGCGUUAUCGCCGUGAAGAAGUAACCGAACUGCUCGAUCCUGAUGAAUGCGUUAUGUCUAUUACGAAUUUUCCACGUUUAGGUUGCAAACAAUUCACGCAUCCGAUUUGCAAUCCUAGCCCCGAUGAUGUGUUUAGCGCCGCGCGAUCUUUAUAUUUUCCCGAUGAGGCUAUAUACCCAGGUCAUCCACGCUUUAAAACUUUAACGCGUAAUAUACGUAUGCGACGCGGCGAAAAGGUUGCGAUCAAAUUAAAAGUCUAUAAAGAUAUAAAUACCAAAUUACCGGUGGAGGGCAGUCCACCUAAUGAACCGGAUGUAGUCCUGCUCGAUGCUAUGGGUUUUGGCAUGGGUUGCUGUUGUUUGCAAUUAACAUUCCAAGCGUGCAACAUAACGGAAGCUCGUACUCUAUACGAUCAAUUGGCACCACUAUGUCCUAUUAUGCUCGCUCUUACUGCUGCCUCACCCAUCUAUCGCGGUUAUCUCACGGAAUCGGAUUGCCGCUGGAAUGUUAUAAGUUCCUCAGUGGACUGUCGCACACCAGAGGAGCGCGGUCUCAAGCCAUUGGAAGAGAAGAAGUUUCGUAUUGCCAAAUCUCGAUACGAUUCCAUUGAUCUGUAUCUAUCACCGGAAAGUGAAAAAUACAAUGAUGUCCCAGUUAUAUACGAUGAUAAAAUUUAUCAGCGUUUACGUGACGGUGGUAUAGAUCACUUAUUGGCCCAACAUGUGGCUCAUCUUUUUAUACGUGACACGGUAUCUCUGUUUAGCGAGAAAGUGCAUCAAAACGAUGAAGAAGAUUCCGAUCAUUUCGAAAAUAUACAAUCAACCAAUUGGCAGACAAUGCGCUUCAAACCGCCACCUCCGAAUUCUUCAAUUGGUUGGCGCGUAGAAUUUAGGCCUUGUGAGGCACAAAUCAGCGAUUUCGAGAACGCUGCGUUUGUAUGUUUCGUGGUAUUGUUGACACGCGUCAUAUUAUCGUAUCAGUUAAAUUUUCUGGUACCAAUUAGUAAAGUGGAUGAAAAUAUGCAAACCGCUCAAAAGCGAGAUGCUUGCCGUACGGAGAAAUUUUGGUUUCGCAAAAAUAUACGCAAAACUCCAAAUCAAUCGAAUGGUUAUACGAUGAACGAUGUUGAUCCCAAUAGCCUACAUGUUACCAACGAAACUACAAACGGUGAUGUUGACAUUGACAAAACACACGCAAUGGGCACAAACGGUUAUGCAAAUCGGCAAGAAACUGAAUUUGAAUUAAUGACUAUAGGGGAGAUUUUUAAUGGCAAACCGGACACGUUUCCCGGUUUGGUGCCUUUGAUACGUCGAUAUUUACAAUCAAUGGAAGUGGAUACCGACACUCACUGUACCAUUGAACAAUACUUAAGAUUUAUACAGAAACGAGCAUCCGGCGAUUUGUUUACAACAGCCACCUGGUUACGCGAACAAGUCCUUAAUCAUUCAGAUUACAAAAAAGAUUCCUUGGUGAGCGAUCUUAUUAGCUACGAUAUUUUAAAGAAAAUUGAACAAAUACAAUUGGGCAAAGUUAACGAACCAACUUUGUUGGGACAGUGCAAUCGUACAAAGACAAAAGACGUUAUACCGCCAGCCAUACAAAAGCACUUAAAUGGUUGUUGCGAAAGUAAAUGACCAAAUGAAUUGCUUGCCGCCACAACUACAGCCGGUCACCACCGAACACAGUAACAUUGCCACACAAAGACAUAGCAAACAAAAAAUAUAUAUAUAUCAAGCGAAGCUGACAGAAAAAAUUAAAACCAAAUUCCUAAGAGUUUAUGCUUUUCGCUUAAAUUACCAAAGGAAAAAAAUCAAACAUGUUACAAUUGAAAGUCAAAUAUGGUGAUGGCAAGUGUGCGGUGGAAAUUACUUAAAAAGGUAUAAAGAGUGAACUGGAAGACUUGUUUUGCUGUUUUUUUUUUUAGAACCAUUAAUGAUACCGUCAGUCCUGCAAAUCUUUAUAUGUGUAUAUAAGGUCUAUUAUCAAUUGUAAAUGGUAAAAUCCCACUGCAUUCGGAGGACUAGAGCGAACAGCAGAGGUGGCCAGCUUAGAGUUUUGCAGAAAAAAAAAAAAUUAUAAUAAAUAAAUAA